UUUUUCAAUUUCGAUUUCAUCGUUCGGUUACAGUAUCGAUAUUCAGUGUUUGGGCGGAGAAAGUUUCAGACUUUUUCUUAGGAGGAAGCCAUGAAAGUCAAGAUCUUGCAUGGCAUGCAGUUGCUUCAUGGACAUGGGAUGCUCAAGACGAAACAUGUGGGAUAUGUCGGAUGGCUUUUGAUGGUUGUUGUCCUGAUUGCAAACUUCCUGGAGAUGAUUGCCCUCUAAUUUGGGGAGCUUGCAAUCACGCGUUUCAUCUUCACUGUAUAUUGAAAUGGGUGAAUUCACAGACGAGUCAAGCUCAUUGCCCAAUGUGUCGAAGAGAAUGGCAGUUCAAAGAGUAAGCAAAUUAUGAGGAGGAUUAUUCUGAAGCUCUCAUCAUGGAGGAUGUUUUGGAAUGAUCUCUUGGACCAUUAGUGUUGAGUUUUGAUCGUGUGCUGAAAGGCAAGAGAGAGCUUUUGGAAUGUUUUUGAAGCUUGUCUUUGUUUUGAUUGCUUGGACAAAUCAGGAAUCAAGCAACUUUCUGUGAGCUUCAUCAUCUAUGGUCUAUGUUUGUAGUUAGAUUUCUUUUUUUUUUGUAUCACGUCGCCUUUGACCUUGGUUAAUAAUAUUUGCUUGAUGAUUAGUUAAGUUUUCAUUA